AUGACCCAUAACACUAGCACUUAUUCACAAUGGAAACAUCCUAUUCGGACAUACUUUAUCCGCCGACACAUUCACACCAUCAUUCAGUUCAAAGACCUGGAACCCCUAAAGAUUCGCUAUUAUUUAUACAUUUUGGCAUCCAUAAUAUUCGAUAUUUUACUCAUAAAUUGUACGAUCGUAGAAGAAAGGCUACUUAUGCUCUCAAACUUUGGGCUCCAGAUGGAGUAUAUCAACCUGUACGGUAACAAGACUGUGAAGAGUAUACCGAUUAGCAACAUCAAGGACCUUCUCAUUAACGAGGGUUUUGUGGUGAAUGAGAUUAUAUUUUACAUUUUAAUCAUGCUCAAUGACUCUGAGGAAAUUAUUCUCCCAUUCAAGGACGCAAUACCGAGGCUAGAGAAUUUAAAGACAAUAUAUCGCUGCUUUAAUAGCCUCUUUGAGAGGCCAAGUUAA